GAAAAAUAUCGUUUACAAAUUUAUGCCUACGAUGAAGAUGCUUUGGGUGAACAUGAUCUUAUUAUCAAGGCAAUUGGACUGUUUCGGCUGAAUAAAACCAGUUUAUUUCAAGAAAUCCCAUUAAAUUAUAGCCAUGAAAGUGAUUCUUUCAGACUUAGCUCGUCGGUAAAACUAACAUGUAAUUCAAAUUUUUACGGGAACAGAUGUGACCUAUUUUGUUCACCUCAUCCAUGGGCAUACGAGUGUGAUGCGAAUGGACGAAAAAUUUGUUUACAUGGUAGACAAGGUGUUAAUUGUGACAUUAUUGACUAUUGUCAAAUACAUCCUUGUCCUAAGAAUACACGCUGUAAAAAUCUACCAAGAGAACAUCGUCGAAAAUGUAUUUGUAAAAAUUAUGAAGGCCCAGAAUGUCAUUCAUCCUAUUACUCAUGUGACAGAUCUCCAUGUAAGAAUGGUGGUCGUUGUACACUACUGCGUGAACUUAUAAGAGACGACAAUGAAAAAGAGACGAUCAAUAAUAAUCAAAGGAUUAAUAAUUAUGAUGAUGAUGAUGAUGAAACUGUAUGUAUUUGUCCAGAUAAUUGGAGGGGACAAUUUUGUACGGAACCAGUUGUUGAUUGUAUACCGGUAAAUGAAAGAUACAAGUUAUUAUUUACACAUUUGCCAAAGCGAAUGUGUUUGAAUGGUGGGAUUUGUAUAAUUCAUUCUGGUAAUUUGAGUGCAAGAUGUUCUUGUCCACCAGAAUGGGAUGGAUAUUUUUGUGAAUUAGAUAAAAGUUGGUCACCUGGAAAAAUCUUUGGAAUAACCUUCGCUAUUAUUUUCGUGAUCUUUCUUAUUCUCGUAAUUGGAUUCUUUGUUUGGCUUUGUUAUAUGUCUAGG